CGCUUUCCCCUGGGGCACUCCGCGACCGAUCGGGAGUCCGCUUCCAAUGAUAUGGACGAUACAGGCUGGUUUUACAAAUAUCUCGUAAAGAUGCUUCAUUGUGACAUUUGUGAGCAGUAAAGGGAGUACGCCUUGGGCUCGGGAUGCUUAUUGCAAGAUUAAGGACUUUCGAUCACCGUCGCCUCGUUCCUUUCUGUCGUUAACAGUGUCGAUAGCGGUCAGUCUGCAUCUAGAAGACGAUAUACAUAUAUAUAUAGUCCUGUUGACAUGGCCGUCGUCGAGGAGUUUGAUUACCUGUGCCGCCUGUGCGCGGCCAAAACUGGCAUUUUGAUGGGCCUGCCAAUUUUCGAGGCCGGCAACCAGAUGCGCAACAUUGACAAGAAAAUAGCAGCCUGCCUACCGGUUCAGGUAUCACUGACAGAUCAGUUACCCAAAGUGGUUUGCGAAGAAUGUGCGUUCAAAUUAGAUCAGCUGUUUGAUUUUCGUGAAAAAUGCCUGCAUACAGAAGGAAUGUUCAUGGAAAUGUUGAAAGAAAUUGGAAAAGAAGAGGUUGUGCACAUAGCAGAGCAUGAUUUGGCUAGUAUAGAAGAUAUAGGUACAAUUCAGAGAGAUUUAAACAACAUGCAGAAUAAUAUUGAAAAUGUACAAAGUCAUUCUGCUGUGGCUCAUGAGACUGCGGAACCUACUAUACAUACGAUGCAAGUGAUGGAUGAAAUGGAUCUGGCUGGUGGUGAACAGGUAGUUUCCCAAGAAGAGAUUGGUCAACAAGAUGCUGAAAUUCAAGUUGCAGCCAUUGAUUGCUUGGAUGGAGAUACUGUGAGAAUGGUUGAUGAACACAUACGAGAGGUUUCAAAUCAUCAAAUUGCAAUGCAUUUGGAAGGUGAUAUGACUGUAGUUGGAAAUCUGACAGUAAGUGGUCACUUGAGUCAGUUAGGGAUAAAUUAUGUUACUUCUAUCAGUCCUGAAGAUCAGAGUCAAGAACAAAUAGUGCAUUACUGCGAAAAUGUAAAAUAUGAGACAGUGCCAAUAAAGGAGGAAUACCUGCAGAAUAGAUUGCAAGAGAGAUUAGCUACGGAAGAACCACAUGUACUUGAAAAUAAUGUACCAGCAGACAAUUUCGCUUCGUCUCAGGAAGAAAAGGACGAGAUGGAAAAAUCCUGUAUGAAACAAGAACGUAGUCAUGUGAAUUCCGUGAAUUCUCUACCGUCAACAAGUCAGGUGAACGGUGUACCAUGCGAGAUAAUGGUAAAGUACACGAAGAGGACGAAGGACGCAUUGUUGAAGUCUACACUCGACAGUCCCACCGUAGACGAGACCGGCUCGCACUGGUACGUGUGUCCAUUCUGCAAUGAAGCUGCCUUGGAAACAACCAAUUUAGCUGCACACUUCGAACAACACUUUUGCUGCUGCACCUGUGGCUUAUAUUUCACUAGUGUCGAAGUAUUAAAUUUACACAAAGAACAAUGCGAUGUAUAUAAGGACAAAGUAGCCAAUGAAGAGAAGCACGACGCACAAUUAGAUGUAACUGCGCCGGCUACAACAGAGAGCAAUGACAAUCAAGCUGAGCAACAGAAAAAGCAAUCGACGGUGAGGCAGAAAUGGACGCCGAAGGUAUGCGCGCAAUGUGGCAAGCAGUACCGGACGAAUUACAAGCUGCAGGAGCAUAUGCGCAAACAUACCGGCGAGAAACCGUUUCAAUGCCUGACCUGCGAGAAAGCGUUCCGCAGCAAAAUCGGUCUCGCACAGCACACGGCCACGCACACAGGCCAAUUCGACUACAAUUGUUCCACCUGUGGCAAGGGCUUUCAGUGCAAGAGUUAUCUCAUCGUACACCAGAGAGUGCACUCAGAUCUAAAACCAUAUCCGUGUAACACAUGCGGCCAGAACUUCAAGACGAAGCAGUCACUAUUGGAUCAUCAGAAUCGUCAUCUCGGAGUGAAACCGUACAUGUGCGAGAUCUGUGGUCGCGGUUUCAUCACAAAGGGCCUUUGCAAGAGCCACCAGAAGAUACACUCCGGUAUGGACAAUCGUCAAUACCCGUGUGUGGUGUGCAAUAAGAUGUUCGUCAGCAAGAGUUAUCUUAAUACACAUCUCCGCAUACAUACUGGCGAAAAGCCAUACCUGUGCGAAGUGUGUGGCAAGGGAUUCUUGACGCGUGUCGAUCUUAAGAUACACUCGACCAUGCACACCGGCGAGAAGAGCUUCAAGUGCGACGUAUGCGGCAAGGUGUUCGCCCGACGUGCGGCCCUACGUUGCCAUCGUAGAUCGCACACUGGCGAGCGGCCUUAUAGAUGCGACGUUUGCGGCAAAACGUUUACACAAUUCAGCCCGAUGGCGAUACACAAGCGUCUGCAUACCGGCGAACGGCCGUACGAAUGCGACGCAUGUGGUAAAGCUUUCGUGUCCAGGUCGACUAUGAUGUGCCACCGAAAGAAGCAUCAUGUUACAACGACAACCCCCGUACAGAAAGACUCACUCGUGCCGGAAGCUACCGAGGUGAAGAUUGACCUCUCGUCCGAGAUUCUAGCUAGGAAUUCGCAAGACGGCGUACAGAUCACCGCAGAUUGAAGUCGCGAGCGUGGACACAACGUGUGUAGAAUCUGUCGCGUGAUUCGUACGAAGCAAACGAGUCGGAAAUCCGGGUGCUAAGAAAACUUCAUCCGCAUUUGUUAGAUAACGAACUGCGCUUUUUCGUCACCAUAGUGUAUUCUACAGUAUGUACAUUCAGAAACUUUAUAUAAAGAUAUUUUUACAAGGGAUAGUUCUUGUGGUAUGUAAGAAUAUACAAUUGAAAGUUUUAUGCCGAAACAUUAUAUAUACAUAUAUUAUAACCAGAUCAUCGAGACACGACAUGAAUUUUGUCUUUCACGUAGACGAAAGAAAAUGUUGUGAUUUUCUGGUGAACUCAUCUAAAUGAGAACCUUAUGCAAUUUUCUUUUUUUUUUUCCCAUAAACGAUAUAUUAUACAGUAUAUUUCAAUAAUGUAUGCUUGUGUAAAUACAUAUCUUUUGUAUCUAU